AUGAGCGGUCGCAAGAUCGCGGAUGCAGCUGUAAAGAACCGUACACAGACGCCAUUUUGGACAUGGCUUCGUAACAAAUUGUUGGCUGUAGACAGACAACCCGGUAUUCCACCACCUGGUCUACCAACAAAAGAUGGGAAGGCUGUGUAUCACAAUCCCCUCCGUUUUCCCAACACUCAGGCAGCUCGGCCAGGCUCAGCUGAAUUACCCACUUUGCCUGGAGGUAUUCAUCACAAAUUAGCCGACAAUUACUAUUAUACGAGGUAUGGAAGUAAAUCUGACAAUUCAGUCAUUUUU